AUGAAAGAUUUGGGAGAGUUAAAAUUUUUCCUUGGUAUUGAAUUUGCAAGGUCUGACAAAGGAAUACUAAUGCAUCAAAGAAGGUAUGCAUUAGAGCUAUUGGCUGAAUUGAGGUUAGGAGCAGCUAAGCCAGCUGGGGCUCCCAUAGACUAUAACCUAAAACUCACCUCAAGACAAUUUGAUGAUCAUGUCAAGCAUAUGAAACCAAGUGAUGAUCCUCCUACUGAUCAAAGGGCAUACCAAAGGUUGGUUGGGAAACUGCUCUAUCUAAUAAUGACCAGACCUGAUAUAGCAUUUAGUGUACAAACUUUAAGCCAGUUUCUACAAGAUCCUAAAAAGUCACACAUGGAAGCUGCAGUUAGAGUGGUAAGUUCAGAAGAGAAGAUCAGUGCUUAUUGUGAUGCUGAUUGGGCAUCUUGUCCACAAACUAGAAGGUCGGUAACUGGUUAUUUUGUGAAGCUGGGAGAUUCAAUAGUUUCUUGGAAGUCAAAGAAACAGACUACAGUUUCCAGAAGCUCUGCAGAAGCAGAGUUCAGGAGUCUUGCAGCUGUUGUAGCAGAACUAGUAUGGAUACUAGGUUUAAUGAAGGAAAUUGGAAGUGAGUUCUGGGAUAUACUCCCAAGAACAAUUUCAAUUGCCCAUCAAGCUGCUUCAAUAUCCUGGCCCAAAACUAGCGGGGCCAUCUUUGCUGAACACUCUCUGUUGAAGUAA